GGAAUCUGCGAGUACUCUGGGCUCAGUUCUUGAGCUUCAGAAACUUAGCGGGUAAAAGCAGAAGUAACACUAUGAAAUCUUAAAAAAAAAUUCAACAGCUUUUCUUCACCAGGUUACCAAUGAGGAAGAAAAGUCCCAUCUGUUAGACCGCACCCACUAUCAACCCAACCCCUUCAAACUCUGCAUGAGAUUUGCAUUUGUAGACACUCCCUCUUCUAGCCCAGCUGCACAGAAGCUGCCAAAGCUCUGAAAUUUUCUUUGCCCAUCUUUACUCCCUCGUGCAGUUGCUAAAACCCAAGAGAAAGCAAAAUAACCGACCAGUGCUUGCAUCUUGAGAGGGAACCGCGUUCGCAAGCACCCCGUUCCUGGUGACUGGCACAUCCGGACGGCUGCAGCUGGUUUGAUGACAAUUGUACUCACGGAAAAAAAAAAUCAACCCCUAAAAAAAGAGGCAAGCAAGAAAUUCCUUUGAACAGCAGCUCAUCGGGGGGGAGAAGUUUGGAAUUUUGUGUUUGCAAAGAAGAUUCAACUGUGAGCCGAGGCCAGAGCGGCGGGGACUGCGAUGUCACUGAUUCUUGGCUGCUAGUUGGUGUGAUGAUCAGUGAGAAUAGAAAUGCCUUAUGUGGAUCGAUACAGCCGUGUCUGUGGGUUCUUGGACAUUGAGGAGGUGGAAGGCAGCGGGAAGUUUCUGCGGCGGUACUUCAUCUUGAACACAUCAGACAAUGCACUCUUCUGGUACAUGGAUAACCCGCAGAAUCUGCCCCCUGGAGCUCGGAAUGUCGGCAGUCUGCAGCUACCAUACAUCUCCAAGGUCAGCGAAGCCACAGCAAAGCAGAAACCAAAAGCUGAAUUUUGCUUCGUUAUAAAUGCAGGCUUGCGUCGCUACUUCCUUCAGGCCAACGACAGGAAGGAUCUGCUGGACUGGGUGGAAGCCUUGAACAAGUCCUGCAAGAUUACAGUCCCAAAGGGCAAGGCAAAUGACCCUCAGCCGAGCACCGAAAUUAAUAAACCUCCAGCGGAAGCCCAGACUGGGCGGAAACAGAUCCCCUACAAGACAGAAAUCAUUGGAGGCGUUGUAGUGCAAACGCCCAUCACUCAGGUGAACGGGGGAGAAGGUCAGGAGGCCUCGGAGCCCACUGCACACAGCGCCCUGAAGCGCUCCAUCAGCUACAUUCCAAUCUCCGGGAGCAAGCAGACGUCGGGGCCGCAAGUGUUGAAGAGCGGCUUCUGUGUGAAGCAGGGCAUUGUGAGGAAAAGUUGGAAGAGGAGGUACUUCACACUGGAUGAAAAUUCUUUCAGUUACUUCAAAUGUGAAAUGGAAAAAGAACCACUUCGGACGAUCCCACUGAAGGAUAUUCAGAAAGCUCAGAACUGCAGCUGCAGCCAAGCACUGAUGAGGGAUAAUUUAUUUGAAUUAGUAACGACGAGUAGAACGUUCUACAUUCAGGCGGACAGUCCUGCAGAGAUGGAAAGCUGGAUAAAAGCCAUCAACGAGGCAAUUAAGCUGUGGAAAGGUUCGAGCAAUGCCAUGGCAUCCACGGCUCAAGCGACCUUCACCAGGGCCAACUCGCUGCUUCUGGCCGACCCGUCCGGCGCCCCGCUCUCGCCACCGUCCGGCGGCGUGGCCACCCCCGGCGAGGAGAAGCGACCUCUGACCAAGUCCACCUCCAUGGUGUCGUCAUGGCAGCCGUGGACCCCUGUGCCCUCGGCCGUCGGGCCGCCCGCCUCGUCGGCACCGGAGGAGAGCCCGCACGACAGCGAAGCGCAGGCGCCCUCCGCCGAGCCUGGCCCGCAGUUGGCGGGGGUGAACGGUCAGGACAAGCGACGCAGGCACCGGUCGCAGCCGGCUCCCCAGAAGGAGCACCACUUCGUCUACAGCAUCGACGACGACGGGAUCCGAACAUCAGACGUCUAACCAGAUGUCCUUCCUGACGCUUGGUUUUCCUAGGAUUAGUAACUCUGGCCAAAGUGUCGCUUU